CAAUAAUAGCGGGUUCAAGCAAUGAUCCUUGUAAUCUGAGCACAGGCCAUGUCCAUACAAGUAAAGCCGACGUCAGCGAUUACAACUACUGAACUAGUGCCACUAAUCAUCUGCAACCUAUUGUUCCGUCCAAGCCGCGUUCCUGACAUUUACGACUAUAACCAUUAUAUUCAACCUCACCUCAAAACUCACUCUCAUGGGGAAUUUGAAGUAUUCUUAAGUUUCCAGGAUGCUACACAUAGCGAGCAGUCCGUCACCUGUUCCCUCCGAGAUAUUCGCGCUUAUUGCGCUUCUGGUUUUAUCCCUUAUCGUUCUCCUAAUCUUGCGACAUUACCUCCCACUAAGAACAACACCGGCCUACCUGCUAGUACCAGUCUUCUUUGCGUUAUGGCUACCUGCGAGUAUCGUGUUGUUAGUCCCUAUCGAUCUAGCAUCGAAUGCUCGAACCGAUGAUGAAGCAACGAGAGGCAUUUGGCUCCCUCCUAGGGCGUUACUUGUGUCGUGGAGGAUCUCAUACUGGCUGACAUUUGUCUUGACUUGGUUCAUACUUCCAAUACUUGCCGAAUACUCGGAUGCUGGAUACCGCGAACCGAAAGACCGAAUACUCUAUUCGUUGCGAUCGAAUGCUCAAUACUACGCACUCGUGUUUGGCUCAGCCGUCCUUGGGCUCGUGUAUUUCUUCAUAUCAUAUGGCCCUUCAUUCAUAUCGUUAAAGGGUUUGAUAUUAGCCUUGGCUUACUGCUGGGGUUUGAUUCUAGCUAUCUACUUAAUGGGCCAUGGGCUUGUUGCGAUUCCCCGAAAUUUGUUCCAGAACGCAAGCGCUAGUCACCGACUACGCCGGCUCCAAAGCCAUGCGCCGAAACUCUACGAGAAGAUGGAGGAUGCUAUUCUUGAUUUGGAGGAUCUAGAGAUGCAAGUAUCGGAACUAAGCAAGCGUAAAACCGGAAGUGCUAGGGAUUUCCAAGACUGGAUCGAAGAGCUGUCGGAUAUAUGCAAUAUUCCCGAAUCUAGGCCCAGGAAUUCUCUCCCUCGAGCAGAUAAUGAUUCCCGCAUAGUUCCAACAGUCAUCACGGGGAAGUAUUUGGCAGACCUCACACGCCAACUAAACCGCGCAAGACAUACUAAGUCACGGUACGUCGAUGAAUGGGACCGUUUACUUCGCGAUGCGGCAAAAACGCAAGCAAUCCUAGAUUCCGCAGCCUCAAAGAAGCUUGACUUCGGGCGAAGUUCUCCAAGCGCCUCUUUCUGGGAGAAGACUACUUUGCUCACUCCCUAUACACGGUAUCUUCUUCACUACCACAUCAUACCUUGUCUCCAUAUUCUUUUUGGCGGCUUCCUUGCGUUAGCAUCGGUUUGUGUCAUAUGGUCGGAGUUAGUAAAAGUAGCUCUACCGUCAUUAUCGGUAAUCAGGUUCACUGUGGUUCAUCACUGGACAGGUGAAAGUGGUGGCGUUGGCUUUGCAGGCCAGGCCAUUGCCGCACUCUGGAUAAUGUACAUGUGUGCAGCAGCUCUCUAUUCCGUAACCGAAGUCAAGGUCUGGCGUGGCCGCGCCUUAGUUCGUCGCAAUACUGCUCACGAAUCGGCGUUUUGGUAUGCUGGACAGGUUGCAAGGCUCAGUGUCCCCUUAUCCUACAAUUUCGUCACGUUCUUGUCUCGGUCGAUAUAUGAAAAGACCACCUUCUAUAAGAUCCUUGGGCAAUACGUCGACCUUACUCCGCUCGGAAAGUGGUUUGACUAUUUAUUUCCUGUUUUCGUUCUUGUCCCAGUGUGUGCCACUUUAUUUGGAUUAUAUGGAAAGGUGAGGCGACUCUUCGGUUUUGGUGUUGAUAUUGUAGAUGAAGAGGAUCAACCUAGCUAUGGUAGCGGCUCUUGGCGCGAGGGGCGAGACUUGAUAGAGCGAGAACUCAAUGGAACAUCGAUCUCGCGGAGGUUGGAUGAGGCUACAUCUAGGUUUACGAGUGGUCAACGCCGUUCCGCUCCUAUCUUAACUAUGCCGGCAGCCAGGGCUGAGGGUACUAGAACACCUUUUGCUACAUCGCCGUCAUAUCACGAUGCACCUAUUGGAAGGCCAGGGCGGCCUUCCCGGGCUGAAAUCAACGACACGGAACAUGAAGAUGAUGACUUCUUUACAAGCCUAGGGCAUCGAUUUAAAAACACAUUCGAUACUAUAGAUACUCCGAAGUGGAUUCAGGACAUCGGAGAUGGGUUGAAGAAGCCCAAAUGGAUGGGCGGAAAUGACGAAGCCGGCGAAAGCAGCAGUUCAGCAGGGCGAAGCGAUUCGGACAUUCGUCGGUGGUUUGGAGGUGAUGGUCGAAUAAGACUAUAAGAUUUUUUAAUAUUGAUCCCUAACAAAUUUAAUUCUCAAUUCUACUUAUGUUACAGUUAGUUGGUGUAGAAAUCAUCAGGUUAUAUGAUAAAGCUAGGGUACCUUGGGUACCUUCGGACCCCUGAGUCAGAUUUUUGCGUAGGACAUGUAGGAGCCUCGUGAGAUCUACAAGCUCUAGAAGCCUGGAACACUGCCAGAAAAGUUCACCUUUUGGGCUCAGCCUCACGAUAGCUUCUCAUCAUUAACUACUACGGUGGUGCUUACAAAAUUCUAACCUCAGAACCCAAGAUUU